AUGUUCAGCCGAAACGCACGCGCUACUCUCCGGAGAACCCCUCUUUUAUCGGAUCAUCUGACUCGAGGUUAUGCUCCUCGAAUCCAAACUAUAUCGUCUAGUGUGCCGAAGCAUACUAAGGUAACCAGCGUACAGACGAACGAGGCAUAUGCACCUUUCGCCCAUUACUCACAAGCGAUCAAAGCAGCCGGUCAAGUCUGGCUCUCCGGACAGAUCCCCGCAGAUGCACAGGGAAACCUGAUCAAAGGCUCAAUGACCGAACAGACUCAAGCUAUAAUCAAGAAUACCGAAGCUAUUCUAAAGGCAUCGGGCACUGGGUUAGACAGAGUUGUCAAAGUAGUGGCGACUUUAUUUGCUAUUAAUGAGAAUGAGUCCACAUUCGUUGUCUUCCCAAUUUCAAUCCACUGUGUAAUGGCGCUGCGUUGGGCCUCCCGAGCAGCCUUCCGGCUUCCCUACAGGCUGAGAUGUACCCCAGGGCAUGUCAUUACCCUUACAGCUAUUUCUUCUACUCUUGCAAAAUAUGGUCGCACCCAAGUGAGAAGCUCCUCGUUGCAACUCCGCACUUUCAGCAGUUCUUUGCGCCGGCAUGAUACCAAGGUCGUCGUGCGAGUACCGCAAAUGGCAGAGUCUAUUACGGAGGGAACCCUCAGUCAGCUUUCCAAGAAAGUAGGGGAUUUUAUCGAAGCGGAUGAAGAGCUUGCCACGAUUGAGACUGACAAAAUCGAUGUCUCUGUGAAUUCCCCGCUGGCGGGAAUCAUCCAGCAGCUGUUUGUUGCGGAGGGAGAUGUCGUCAAUGUCGAUCAGGAAAUCGCAGAGAUACAGGCUGGAGGUAGACAGUCUGCGACCAAAAAUGAAAAGGAAAACUCCAAGGCUUCGGAAAUUAUUGCAGAUGUUUCGCCAAAAUCGCAAGAUCAGAACGCGAGCCACACUGCUUCACCCACCUUGGAUAAAGAGACACCAGAGGCCCGAGAGGCCCCAGAGCCAAAGUCUGAGGUGACUCCUCGUGAGGACAAUACUCCGAAAGCAGAAACACCUGCCACAAAUGCUUUAUCUGUUGCACAGUCCCAUACAUCUUGGGGGUUCAGGCCCACCCGCGCAGAAGAAAAGGCAAGUAUCAAAAUGACUCGAAUCCGAAAACGCACCGCCCAACGCCUCAAAGAGUCGCAGGAUACCGCCGCCUUCCUAACCACUUUCAACGAAGUCGACAUGUCCCGACUAAUAGAAACCCAAAAGAACAACAAAGAGGCAGUGAUGAAAAAGCAUGGCGUUAAGCUCGGAUUUAUGGGAUUCAUAGCUCGGGCAUCUGCGCUGGCUCUGAAAGCGAUCCCCGCCGUGAAUGCAUCCAUUGAAAACGACGAUACUAUUGUGUAUCGGGAAUACGUCGACCUUAGCAUUGCCGCAUCUAUUCCAAAGGGGCUUGUUACACCUGUCGUGCGGAAUAUUGAAUCCAUGGGGAUCUUGCAGAUAGAGAAAGCGAUUGGAGGGAUGGUGAAGAAGGCUCGGGAUGGCAAGUUGACUAUGGACGACUUGACCGGUGGAAGCUUCACAAUCAGCAAUAGUGGUGUUUGGGGAUCGCUCUUCGGAACUCCCAUUAUCAACCUACCCCAGACAGCAGUGCUGGGAACCUACGGCACCAUGGAUAGACCCAUUGCAGUCAAGGGUCAAGUCGAGAUCCGUCCCAUGAUGUACGUUGCUCUGACUUAUGAUCACCGUAUCAUUGAUGGACGAGAAGCGGUCCAGUUUUUGGUGCUGAUCAAGCAGUACUUGGAGCAUCCAGAGACCAUGAUGCUCGAGAUAUAG